CUAUCUACUACCGGAUCCUUGAAAGUUGAAACUGAUUCCGAUUUCUAACAUUUAGACAAAAAAAAAAAAUUGAAUAAAUGUUUGAGCUGGUGAGAUAGUCAGUCAUAGAGAUAGAGAGAGAAAGAGUGAAGAGAGAGAAAGCAAGAGAAGGGGAUGGGUAGAGUCUUUCUGGUGGAGUUGGAUGGCAAAGCUUAUCGCUGUAGAUGCUGUAAUACCCCUUUAGCACUUGCUGAAGAUGUUCUUUCUCGGUCAUUCAGUUGUCGCCAAGGGAGAGCUUAUCUUUUUGAAAAUGCAGUAAAUGUGACAGUUGGACCUGAAGAAGACAGGCUUAUGAUGUCUGGAAUGCAUACUGUUGCAGAUGUAUUUUGUUGUGGCUGUGGUCAACUUCUUGGUUGGAAAUAUAUGUUAGCUCGUGAGAAAAGCCAAAAGUACAAAGAAGGGAAGGUGGUUCUUGAAAGAUGGAGGAUAACUGAGGAUUCAGGUGAGGAGUUUAAUCUCGAUGCUCGUCAAAACUCAAGUGAGUCAGAAUAUCCUUAGUAUAACUUUCAUAGUUGAAUUGCAUAAGAAAAUGGAGAAAAAAGAAAAGAAGGGUGGCGAUCGGGCGGUCAUUGUAAAUAUUUGUGUAUUUGCAACACAGAGGUGUUAGAAUUUUCUUUUACCUCUAGUUAGUUAAAUGAUGUUAAUUUAAUCCUUUCUUUUAUCGUUUACCUUUAUCUAAUAAUUGUUCUCAUUAACCAAUAAGUGAAUAUUCAUGCAAUUAUUUUGUUAUAUUUUUCCUACAGACAGAAGAUUUACCGUCUUUAUGCCCAAUUUCCCAUGGUAAAAAAAAAAAAAAAAAA